AUGUACGUGUCCCGCAGCCGCUACAUCACCCGCGCCCUCUCAGCCGAGGAGGCUGCCUUCCCCAUUGCCUACAUCAUGACCCUGCACAAGGAGUUUGAGACCUUCGAGCGGCUCUUCAGGGCGGUGUACAUGCCCCAAAACAUCUACUGCAUCCAUGUGGACACCAAGGCACCGGCCCCCUUCCGGCAGGCGGUGCGGCGCCUGGUGGGCUGCUUCCCCAACGCCUUCCUCGCCUCCCGGGCGGAGCGGGUGGUCUACGGCGGCGCCUCCCGCCUGCGGGCCGACCUCCACUGCAUGAGAGACCUGCUGGCCUCGGCCGUGCCCUGGCGCUACCUGCUCAACACCUGCGGCCAGGACUUCCCCUUGAAGACCAACCGGGAGAUUGUCCAGCUGCUCAAGGGCUUUGGGGGGAAGAACAUCACCCCCGGGGUGCUGCCACCCCCCCACAUCACUGCCCGCACAAAAUAUGUGCACAGGGAGGGGGCCAGGCACAACACCUCGGGGCUGAUCACCCCCUGCCUGCACAAGGCGCCCCCACCCCACAACAUGACCAUCUACUUUGGCUCUGCGUACAUUGCCGUCACCCGGCCCUUCGUGGAGUUUGUGCUGCAGGACCAACGUGCCAUCGAUCUGCUGGCAUGGUCCGAGGACACCUACAGCCCUGAUGAGCACUUCUGGGUGACGCUCAACAGGAUCCCAGGUGUCCCAGGCUCUAUGCCCAACGCAUCAUGGGAAGGUGACCUGAAAGCGGUGAAGUGGAUUGAUAUGGAAGAGAGCCAUGGAGGUUGUCAUGGCCAUUACGUCAGAGGCAUUUGUGUAUAUGGAACAGGUGACCUCAAGUGGCUUUUUAACUCCACCUGUAUGUUUGCAAAUAAGUUUGAGCUUAAAACAUACCCCCUGACUGUAGAGUGCCUGGAGCUGAGACAUCGGCAGAGAACCUUGUCCCAGAGUGAAGUUCGGGUGGAACCCAGCUGGUAUUUUUAGCUAGCAAAACCCCAGACUACAUCAAUAAAAGUGGCGAAGGGAAUAGCAGCAACAAUCUUAAUUUCUGCUGUGCCAGAAGCAUAAACUCAUGAGACAGGUUUCUUUAGGAUGUUCUGUAGAUACAGCUCAAGUCAGCUUGCUUCACAGUGCUCACGAAUCUCACCUUCCACUUAACAUCCAGAGGCCAAAGCACGAGAGAUCCAAAAACAGACACCAGGGCAAAGCUCCUCUUGCGGUUUGAGGAGCUUUGCACUUUUGCCAUUUUUAAUGGGCUGUUUUCCAGCCCUGGCUUUUGU